CGGCUAGAUGCCAUGGCAACCUCCACGAUAAGACCAACAGCUUGCUUCAUCGCUAUCAGCUAUAAAAGAACACCUACUUUCGCUGACUGACCAAGGGACGUCUCUGUCCGAAACUCAGGCAGCAUGAAGGUUCUCAUAGUGUGCGCACUGCUCGUGGCUGUGGCGCAAGGUCGCCUGAUGGUCCCGUCGUCUGUAAAGCCGUUGUCCGAAGAAAUGAUCAACUACAUUAACAACAUCAAUACAACGUGGAAGGCCGGCCGCAACUUCGACGAGAACGUUCCUUUCAGCUACAUCAAGGGGUUGAUGGGCGUCCAUCCCGACAGCAAGAACUACAGGCUGCCUCUGCACUUUCACGAUGAGAUCCCUGAUGAUCUGCCUGAAUCAUUCGACGCCCGUGAGAAAUGGUCCCACUGUGAUAGCAUCCACCUCAUCCGUGACCAAUCCACAUGCGGGUCUUGUUGGGCGUUCGGAGCCACUGAAGCCAUGUCCGACCGAAUUUGCAUCCACACCAAGGGCAAGGUGCAGGUGAACAUCUCGGCAGAGGACUUGCUCACAUGCUGCGACAGCUGCGGUUCCGGAUGCAAUGGCGGGUAUCCUGCUGCGGCCUGGCAGUUUUACAAGGACGAAGGCAUCGUUACCGGUGGCCUGUACGGCACCGAGGAUGGCUGUCAGCCUUACUACUUCCCGCCCUGCGAGCAUCACACCGUGGGACCACUGCCGCCGUGCACAGCAACCAAACCAACGCCAAAGUGCGUGCAAACCUGUCGAAAAGGCUACGAGAAGAGCUACACUGAGGACAAACACUUUGCUAGAAAGGUAUACUCAAUACGGAGCCGCGACGAGACCCAGAUCAAGACUGAAAUAUACAAGAACGGUCCUGUGGAAGCACUCUUCACUGUCUACGCAGACUUCCUGUCGUACAAGAGCGGCGUCUACCAGAGGCACAGCGAGGAGUCUGUGGGAGGUCACGCGAUUCGCAUAAUAGGGUGGGGCACUGAGAACGGCGUCCCGUACUGGCUUGCGACAAACUCCUGGAACGAGGACUGGGGAGACAAAGGCUACUUCAAGAUCCGCCGUGGAAAUGACGAAUGCGGAAUUGAGGAUCAGAUUGACGCCGGAAUUCCCAAGGAGCCCAAGUCAUAGUCAACAGAAUGGACGUGGCUUGUAAACAUUAAUAAAACGUCACGUUAUG